AAAAAAAAUAAAGAAAGAAAGACAUAACUCUCUCUCGUACAAACAAAAUGCCAAAACAUUCUCAAAAAAAACUCCUAAACUUGCUCCAAAACGUUCAUUUCAUUCCAACCCCAAUACAAAUUCCCUUCACCAUAUUUUCUCUUCCUUCGAUUUAACAAUUUCUUCUCAUCCCAUAUAUUCUCCUUUUAUGGUUUAUUACCCAACAAAAAUCCCACAAUGCCAUCCCAAUCUCUCCAUUCUGCUACUUUCGUUCUCGACCAAACCACCAUCAAUUCCAAGAUGCCAAAACGAGAAGACAAAGCCAAGGCCAAGACCAAGAGAGCCCUUCGCUCCCUCCUCAUAGCGGUUUCAGUGCCUCUUUCACUUACAGCGGCCAUCAUUUUCUUUUUCGGGUCGGGUCAACGUUACCGGGCCUUUGCAAAGCCCUUUUGGUUCCCACCCUUGUGGUUCAUACACCUUGCAUCGUUGGGCUCGUCAUCUUUAAUGGGCUUUUCGGCCUGGUUGUUUUGGGCCGACGGUGGGUUCCAUGCCCAACCCGAUUCGUUGCCUCUGUACAUCGCUCAAGUUUCUCUGGGCCUCGUUUGGGACCCACUUGUGCUUGUGAUGGGCCAAACUUGGCUUGGUUUGGUUUUUGGUUUGAUACAUUUUGGGACUCUCUUUGCUUGUUACCGUACAUUCCGACGUGUCAAUCCAUUUGCUAAGGAUCUUGCUAAGCCUUGUUUGGCUUGGGCGUUUUAUCUCACACUUGUCAAUUUUAAACUUAUUUAUCUUUGAGUUUUUUUUUUUAUAUAUAUGAUUGUUAUUUUAGGUUUUUUAAUUUUGAAGAGCAUUACCUCAUUUUCAUUGAGGGUAUAUGAAUAGAAUUGAACUGUGUAUGAAAUUAGAAUAGGAAUAUAUGUAUGGUUAUGAAAUGAAUGAUUUUAUUUGGUGGUUGAA